GACGCCAUUAGAGGCGGGCUGAAGAGGAGCGCAAGCGCAGUGUGUUGCGAGUCUCGGGACCCCUUUCGGAGAGACCAUGGCGCUCAACAAGAAUCACUCGGAGGGCGGCGGAGUAAUCGUCAACAACACGGAAAGCAUCCUCAUGUCCUACGAUCAUGUGGAACUUGCAUUCAGUGACAUGAAGAACGUGCCAGAAGCCUUCAAAGGGACCAAGAAAGGUACCGUGUACCUUACCCCUUACCGGGUCAUCUUUCUGUCCAAGGGGAAGGAUGCCAUGCAGUCCUUCAUGAUGCCGUUCUAUCUGAUGAAGGACUGUGAGAUCAAGCAGCCUGUGUUUGGCGCAAACUAUAUCAAGGGAACUGUAAAGGCUGAAGCAGGAGGCGGCUGGGAAGGCUCCACCUCCUACAAGUUGACCUUUACAGCAGGGGGUGCCAUUGAGUUUGGACAACGGAUGCUCCAGGUGGCAUCACAAGCCUCCAGAGGUGAAGCCCCCAAUGGAGCCUAUGGGUACCCUUACAUGCCCAGCGGGGCCUAUGUCUUUCCCCCGCCAGUCGCCAGUGGAGUGUACCCCUGCCCUCCUGGCUACCCCUACCCACCGCCCCCAGCUGAAUUCUAUCCAGGGCCUCCCAUGAUGGACGGAGCCAUGGGAUACGUGCAGCCCCCACCACCACCUUAUCCUGGACCCAUGGAGCCUCCAGUCAGCGGCCCUGAUGUCCCCUCCACUCCUGCAGCUGAGGCCAAGGCCGCAGAAGCAGCUGCCAGUGCCUAUUACAAUCCUGGCAACCCGCACAACGUCUACAUGCCCACGAGCCAGCCUCCGCCACCGCCCUACUACCCCCCAGAAGAUAAGAAGACCCAGUAGACCCCACCCACCUCCCUGCCUCCCACCCUCGUGGCUCUUUCCUACCCCUCCCCACGGGGCUGGCUGCCUCUGUACUGGGAGGCCAGGGAGAACCUUGAUGAUAAACAGUAACCAGGAACUAGCUUUUUUGGGAAGGUGGGGCCCCGGCCUCACAUGCCAGCUCUGCCAUGCCUUCCUCUCGCCCUCUCUGGGGCUCUCCUCAGGACCAUGGAGAGUCCUGUGAUUCCUGUUCCACUCUGCUUCCCACGGAGGGACUCUCUGGCCACCUCCUCCACCACGGUCCAGCCCCCACAGUCUGGUAGCAGUGCCGCACUCAGUCUCGUGAGCUUCACGAGACCAGCCGUGUGUCUUUCCCGCCUGUCUUGCCAGGGCUCGUUCACAUCCCUCCUGCUGGUCUGUGCCCGGCCCUGGGGGGGCCACUGUCCUGACACUGUCGGCGCGCGUUCCAUUCGGCCAGGCCCAGGCCCCAGUCACGUCCACCCUCCCUACCCUGUCUGGACAGUGUGUUGCCGCCUGACUUCGGGGGCUUUGCUACAGUCCAGGGGUUGGGUGGUAUCGGGCAAGACCCCUGCAGUCGAGCCCGUCUGCUCUCUGCUAGCGAUUCUGGAAUUUGGUUUCCUGCUUAUCUCCUUUCCUUCUACAAGAGGCUUCCUGUCGGGAGCCGUGGAGUGCAUGUCUGUCCCGUCAUGCUGUUUGGGGGGCUGAGAGCCAGGGCUCUGCCCUGUGUGCUGAUCACCACUGCCCAGGCCCCUCAGCCUGCCGUCCCUGAAUGCAGGACCUUCAGCCUCCCCUGUCCCCAGAUGCACGAAGAUUUGCUCUCGACUGUUUCUGGAUUGACCACAAA